AUUAGUGAUGAGCGAUUCUCCUGGCGAGACAACAACAAAAUUCACUGCGUAAUUAAUUGAGUAUUUUCGUAAAAUCGAGACGAACCACAAAGAAACAACUCGAAGACUGUUCGAUUAGUGUUCAUACAAGCGCCAAAAUCCAAACGAAGGAACCAUCGCAUACGAGUAAACCAGCCCCCCAACAUACAUAGCAAUGGCCAGCCGCAAGAAAUCACUCCUGAAAGUCAUCAUUCUGGGUGACAGCAGCGUGGGCAAGACCUCGCUUAUGAACCAGUAUGUAAACAAACGCUUCUCCAACCAAUACAAAGCCACGAUCGGAGCUGAUUUCUGCACGAAAGAGGUGGUUGUCAACGACCGAGUUGUCACAAUGCAGAUCUGGGACACUGCUGGCCAGGAACGCUUCCAGUCGCUCGGUGUGGCCUUCUACCGCGGCGCCGACUGCUGUGUGCUCGUCUACGACGUGACGGCGCCCAACUCAUUCAAGAAUCUCGACUCCUGGCGCGACGAGUUUUUAAUACAGGCCAGUCCACGUGAUCCCGAGCACUUCCCCUUCGUGGUGCUAGGAAACAAAGUGGACCUGGACAACCGUCAGGUGUCCACGCGUCGGGCACAACAGUGGUGCCAAUCGAAGAACGACAUACCCUACUACGAGACGUCCGCCAAGGAGGGCAUCAACGUGGAGAUGGCGUUUCAGAUCAUAGCCAAGAAUGCGCUCGAGUUGGAGGCGGAGGCUGAGGUCAUCAACGAUUUCCCCGAUCAGAUCACCUUGGGCCCACAAUCCAAUCGUCCUUCGAACCCUGACAACUGUCAGUGCUAAUGCAAUAGCAGACGCAGCACGGAUGAUUACACAAUCUAUAUUAUUAAAUAAUAUUUCCAACAUAAUAAUAUGAACAUGAGAAGCAAGCAACUCGGUGGACGACAAUGGAGGAGUGUUCUAUGUUUAAGUAAAACAAUUUCAGCAACAGCAUAGUAAUUAAUUAACAGAUAGGAUGCAAAGAUCAGAUUCAGACUCAACAUGGGCAGACGCAUCAGACUCUAGGCAAGGCCUCUGGCAAGGGCUUUAACCACAAUAUACUGGAAACCAAACAAAACUACAACUCAACCGUUUAAUAAGUAAAAAUCAGUGCUCUGUGUGCUCUCGUAUUUAACAAUUCAUGUUUAUAAACGCCCGCCUUCUCCCUAGUACUAUUUUUGCCAUUUAAUUAGUAAAAUUUUGCACGCAACCGCUGCUGGCUUUGCAACAACAACAGCAACAACAUUGAGUAUACAAGUAUCUUCGAAGCAAAAAACGAAAACAAAACAAAAAAAAUCUUGUGAUUGUAAAUUUAAUAAAGAAAACUAACCUUUUUUAAAUGUAAUUAACGACAAAUUUUUCCGCACUAUCGAAUCCUGAUCGGCUCAGAUCCAAAUACCUACUAAAUGCCCUUGCAAGACAUUCGAGUGUGAAUUUUGAUUAGUUAAUUACGUUACUCGUAUAGUAUAUCAUAUAACUAUAAAUAGUAUUCCAUGUAAAAUUGCUCCUUGUUUUUCGGUAAAACAUAUAUGUAAAUUGCCUAUAUCUGGUAUGUACUUUAUUCCACUGAUUUAUUUUCAUGCUUUUGGUUUAAUUUACGCAAUAAACAAUGAAGAGUUUACAAUAAA